UUCUUCGUUGUGUGGCAGAUUGGAUGCGCCUUUGCUCCCAAUAUCGGUGCCCUCAUCGCAUUUCGAUUCCUUUCCGGGAUCGGUGGCGUCGGCUGUGUCACAUUAGGAGGUCGUGUUGUCGCCGACCUCUUCCCUGUGCAGCAGCGUGGGCUAGCAACAUCAAUCUGGAGCAUGGGUCCGCUCUUUGGUCCACUGGUUGGUCCCAUCUGUGGUGAAUUCACUGGCGAGUCAAUUGGCUGGCGCUGGGUCUACCGAACUCUGGCCAUCCUUGGUGAUGUCUUGUCGUUAGGAGUACAACUCUUCAAUCGCGAGACCUAUCCUCCAGUCUUGAUACAGCGAAAAACAGUUCGGAUGGCAAAGGAACUGGGCCUAGGCAACCUUCGCAGCGCCUACGGUCUAGCAAAGGAUGAAAACAGAUCUGCCGUGCAAAUCCUGAGGCAGGGUCUUCGACGGCCCGUGGUGCUUCUAUUCAUAUCGCCCAUCAUCUUCCUUCUGGCUACAUACAUGGCCUUUGCUUAUGGGCUGCUGUUUUUAUUCCUUACUGCAAUCACACCGGUCUUUAGAAACCAGUAUGGCUUUUCCUCGGGUAUAUCUGGCCUUGCGUACUUGGGCAUUGGCAUUGGGUCCUUCAUCAGCCUCUAUAUCGCCGCCAUCACCAACGACAGGAUUGUUAUCAAGUUGGCAGCCCGCAACGGGGAUAAAGUCGAGCAAGAAAUGCGACUCCCCACCAUGGUCAUCUUUUCCUGCCUGCUGCCGAUAACCUUCUUUUGGUACGGCUGGAGCGCGGACAACAAGGUGCAUUGGAUUGUGCCCAUCAUUG